AUGUGCACAAAGCGCAACUGCAAGUUAACUUCUUCUUCGUCUGAGGCGCAAACCCAACUCCAACUUCUCUCUGUCUGUCCGGCCUGCAACUCUUCUGCCUGUCCGGCCUGCAACUCUUCUGCCUGUCCGGCCUGCAACUAUGGAGAACUGUUAAUAUCUAUCUAUCUAUCUAUCUAUCUAUCUAUCUAUAUCUAUCUAUCUAUCUAUCUAUCUAUCUAUCUAUCUCAUCCAUCUAUCUUCAUCUUCAUCUAUCUAUCUAUCUAUCUAUCUAUCUAUCUAUCUAAGCCUCUUCAUAUCUAUCUUGUCUUAUCAUUCUAUCUAUCUAUCUCAGCCUCUUCAUAUCUAUCUAUCUAUCUAUCUAUUGUCGAAUUAUUCUUCUAUCAGUUUCCAUUGUCGCUAUCAAAUUCUCUCUCACUUUUUCGUUUUUCUCCCCGUCUCUCUCUCUCUCUCUCUCUCUCUCUCUCUCUCUCUCUAUUGUUCACUUUAUUUCUCAUUCCCUCACUUGCACGCUUUCUUUCUCUUUUGCUUUUCCUAUCUCGCUCUCUUUUGCUCUCUCUCUCUCGCUCCUUUCUUUCACGCUCUCUGAAUCUCUCUCUCUCUCUCUCUCUCUCUAUUGCACUUUUUCUCUCUCUUUUGCUUUCUCAGUUAUAUUCUCCCCGUCUCGUUCUACCCCCCCCCGCCCAUCUCACUCUCUCUAAUAUCCUUUCAGUUUCUCACUCUCUGUUCCGAUUUCUCUCUUUCACUCUUACUUGCUUGAUAUUUUUCUCCAUCUUUAAUUCUCCCCCCUCCUCCCCCUCUCUCUGUCAAUUGUACUCUCGCGUUCAUUCUCCCGCCCUUUCGUUUCUCUCGCUGUCUUACUACCUUUUUGUUUCACUUUCUCUCUUUAGUUCUCUCUUGCUCUCUUACUGUCUCUCACACUCUCCUCCACCCCACGAAACCCUGCGAAUUGACCCCUCGUUGAGAAGCCCUGCUAUAGGCAAACAGCAAACCGCUCGUUCCACCUGGGUUUAUUUAUUUUGUGAAUUCUUAAACAAAUUCUUCGAAUAA